AUGCACCGCGCCGAGGUCCUAUACGCGCCUCCGCGCAAGCCUCGGAAGCGCAAGGUCCCGCCGCCACUGCAGCCGCUGGUGCCCAAGAAGGUGGCACUGCGCUGGCACGCCGAGGCCACAGCUGCCUUUUGCGACGCAGACCUCUUUCUGCGCUGGCAAGAAGCGACACAGGACGAGCGUUUGGAGCAGCUCCAGAGUACGAUCGAGCUCAUUUACGGCAAAAGCGCGGUGAAAUACACGGCGCUGGCGCCGCUCGCGCAUGAAGAUCGCGUUUUCAUGUGUCCCAAGAGCCGCUACGUCCCCGAGCGAAACGUGCAUACCGCGCUCCAGCGGCUUGCAAAGGCCGAGCCGCUGCGCCUUGAGACGACGACAACGAGCCUCGUGACACGGUUGCGACCUGCCCUGCUCUCAGUCGAGGUACGUAGAGUCCUCUGCGAUCGACCAACACGUAUGUGCAGAUGCGCGCACGACUGGAAGCGCACUUGGUACAGCGCAUGCGCGGGUCGAUUUGGCAGGACGAAGUGCGCUCGCUCUUGGCGCGGCCGCUGGACGCCACCGUCUUUGUCCACCGAGCCGAACAAAUGCAACACCCGACGACGUCGCUGAGUCUAGCGACAGCCGUGACACUCCCCAUCCCGAUGCACGUGAGCACGGCGCCCCCUGAGCUCUUGUACCCGUACUCGAUCGAUGCGCAUGC